AUGGCGCGAUAUCUCACGCCUGCCAAGAUUGGCCUCCUCGCCCUCAUUGAGCUGUACACGGACGAACAUGUCCCUGCCACGGCCAUUAUCCCCGUGCUCUCCUUCAUCACAUCACACCUCCUCGACCCCGAUCCCCAGAGCUUCACCAACACCGCCAGCAAGGACACGCGCUGGAGAAAGGCCGAGAGCACUGUCAGCCUCGUCAUCGGCAUCAAGGACUUUGAAAAGCUGUUGAGCGCCCACGCCGUGGUCGUCGGCCUGCCGGGGCGGAAGCUCUGGGACACGUUCCUCGCCAAGCUAUGGGGCAUCAACUCCCUCGACCUCCUCCACGACUUCUUCGCGCGCCAGUCGCAGUGCCUGGCCAAGACGAAGGAGGAGCUGCGGCGGGCGGCGGGCGGCGACGAAGCCAUCGCCGCGCAGCUGUUGCAGGAGCAGCAGCAGAAGCCGGGUAUCACGCUCUCGCGGAACUCGCCGCUGGGUCAAUUCGUGCGGAGGUGCCAGCUCGAGUUCACGAGGCUUCUAUUCCACGACGCGACGCAGCUCUGGACGGAUUUUGUGCAGUAUCGGCAGCCCACGGCGGGUUACCUCCGGAAGAGGAACCCUUCCUUUGGCCGGCUUAGCUUCGACAAUGUUCUCAUGACGGGCGAGCAGUCGGAGUGGGACUUGGAGGGCGUUGCGGCGCUCACGUCUGUUGUCUAUGGCGACAUGGUGAGGAACGGCACUCCCGCCGCUGUGCCGGUGAGCACAGAUGACAUUGAGCUUUUGCUCGAGUUCCAGAUCGAGCAGAUGCAAAAAUUCGGUAACCGGAUACCAUUGGAGCUCCGGAACCAGUUCCAUGACCUCCUCGGCGAUAGUUUUCUUGUGCCUAGCUUGAGGCAUUACCUAAGUUUCCUUGAUGCCUGGAGAUCAGGCGAUUAUCCCACGGCAUUCGAUUUCCUGCACCAAUACUUUGAUUACACGAUGCAGAACCGAGACAGGCUCUUCUACCAAUACGCCUUGAUGAACCUAGCUGUUUUGCAAGCAGACUUUGGCUGCUACAGAGAAGCUGUUGCCACCAUGCUUGAAACCGUCUCCACGGCCCGCGAGAACCGCGACAUGACGUGUCUCAAUUUUGCACUCAGCUGGCUCUUCCACUUUGGAAGAGCGCACCCGGACCUGGUCAGGGAUCUGGAGGCCGACAGCCUGCUGGGCACGGCCAAGGAGAGUCUUUCCUACCUCCGGGUCAAGGCGAAGGAGACGGGCAUGUGGACGUUGUGGGCGUCGGUGCUGCUUAGCGAAGCGAAGCUCGGCCUGGCAAAUGGCGAGAGUGUGGCGACGUCCGUCGAGCUCGUGGUCCGCAGCUCCCACCUCAUCGUCGAGCGGAACAUGAAGAAUAUGUUUGGCGCCCAGCUGUCCAUCCUCAUCGCCCUGUGGGAUAGGCUGGGGCUGUCGCAGCUCUCGGCCAUGGAUUGUGAGAUUUUCCUUCGCUGUCACGCGAGGCAUUCCAUCUUUGACGACGAGCUCAAAGUCACAUCGCGCCUGGCGUCACAGCUCGCGGCGAGGGGCAAAUUCGAUGAGGCACUCCAGAAAUUGGAGGCUCUCGACGAGAAUUCCCUUCGGUCGUGGAAGCCCAGCCAGUACUGGUACAAGUACCGCGGCAUCAUCAAGCUGAAGCGGGACUUGCACCACAACAACCUCGACGGCGCAGAACAGCUGCUCUCGCAGCUUUUGCAGUCCAAAAAGGACGACUUGGAACCGGACAUGGCCUUUGUCGUCGAUUUCCUCCACAUCGACUGCCUCACGCGGCGGGGCGACCUGCAGGCGGCCUUCACCAAGGUCGAAGAUAUGCUGGCGGCGAUACGCGACGAUAAGAGAGACAUUUCGCUCCGCGUGAGGCUCAUGCUGAUCAAGGUCCACCUGUACGACAAGUGUGGGCGGCCGCAGCGGGGCUUCACGAUUGCGAUGCGCGCGGCCAGCAUGGCCUGGCGGGCGAGGCUAGUCUCCUGUCUGUGGCAAGCCAUCGGCGCCAUCGCCAACAUCCUGUCGUCGCUUGGGGAAUUCGAGGCCUCUACACAGCUUCUCACGGCCAUCCUGCCGCGGAGCCUCGAGUGCGAUUCCGCCGCGCUGAGCGGGCAGCUGUACUCGUACCUGGCGGACGCCAAUAUGGGUAGCGCGGGGAAGAUGGCGCCGCAGUCCGCCAAGAGGCGGGAGUACCUGACCCGGGCUACGGGUGCCAUACAGAAGGCGUUUGAUCAUUACUCGAGCAUCGAGGACAUCACGAGGCAGUGCGAGAUGAUGGCGAAGAAGGCGACCAUUAUGGAGGUCGCGGGGGAUAAGGUACUUGCGGCGGAUUACGCUGCUGCGUAUGUAGCUUUACGCAAGGAGGCGGCAGCACUUGCAUUAUGA